AUGGCAUACUACGAACAAGAUAGACAGAAAAAACGUCGUCUUACACAGGACGGCGACUAUGUCGACACGUCAAAGCCCAGUGCCUUCUUCCAGCCGGCUGGAGGUCGGGACUGGACCGUCUCAGUAGCUAUUCCGGGGAGUGUACUCUCAACAUGUCGACGUGAUGAUCAGCGGACCAACAUUGUCUCGCACAUAGCGCGUGCUCUUGCUGUCUUUAGCAUAGAUGAAGUUGUCAUUUUCGACGAUUCCCCUCCAGAGUCACGUGCGAGGAACGUUGACCCCGCCAGUUACACGGGGGACAUUGACCCAUGUGGUUAUCUUGAUCACUUACUACAGUAUCUAGAGAUGCCUCCGUUCAUGCGCAGAACGUUGCUACCAUUACACCCAAAUCUCAAAGCCGCCGGUCUUAUGGCCAGUUUAGAUAUGCCUUCUCAUCCACAUCAAACUGACUGGUUACCAUACUGCGAAGGUGUGACAACUUCGGGGAAACCGAGAGGUGGAAAGGGCACGCUUGUCGACGUCGGCAGGAAGGAACCAGUCACUAUUAGUGACGAAGUACCGCCCAAGACCCGAAUCACUCUCCAGAUCGAUGAGAAUGAUCCCUACCUGGCAGAAGCAGUAGACCCUAGCGUGCCACGCAUUGACGGCGGUUAUUAUUGGGGUUAUACUACGAGACGCUGCAAUUCUCUAGCUACCGUCUUCGAGGAAUGCAGUUAUGAGGGUGGAUAUGACCUGAGCAUCGGCACAUCAGAACGCGGCGUUUCUAUACCUGAGGCAUUUCCGGAAAGAAAAAAUAAGGAGCCCGCAGUUUUCAAUCACCUUCUCAUUGUCUUUGGUGGUCCUCGAGGUCUCGAGAAUGCGGCAGAAAAUGACCCACAAUUGAACGGUAUGGGAAUUGUAAAGAGAAGAACGAAAGAGCUAUUUGAUCACUGGAUCAAUAUCUUGCCAGGGCAAGGUAGCAGGACAAUCAGGACGGACGAGGCAUUGUUCAUCGGACUAGCAGGUUUGAGGAGAUUAUGGGAUGGGAAAUGA